GGCGAUAGAUUUCAUGGGCGUGCAGUUGAACAGGAUUUAACCUCACCGCCGGUUAUGUUCACGUAUUAUUUUUUUAUAGUCGCGUUAUUUUUCAAAAUCACAGUAGAAAAUUAAAAUUUGACCAUCAAAAAUACUUGAAUUUAUUGUUAAUUUAUAGAAACUUGGAAUAGAAAGUUAGUAAAAUUAUGCGUAUUUGAAUGAGUGUGGACAUAAGAGGAGAAUAUAAAAUUCAAUUUUAAUAAUGGAUGAUAUGGACCCAAAUUCGACCUCAAGCGAAGCUCAAGAGGCAAUUGCUCUGAAAAAGGCCUUGGAAUGGGAAUUAAGUUUGGACUCAAGAGACUUAAGAUCACAUGCGUGGUAUCAUGGACCUUUGCCAAGGCAGCGAGCAGAGGAGAUUGUUCAAAAAGACGGUGACUUUUUGAUAAGAGACUGUGCUUCACAGCCAGAUAAUUAUGUUUUAUCAUGCAAGACAAAGGCGUCUGUUUUACAUUUUGUCAUAAAUAAGAUACUUUUGCAACCCGAAACCGUUUAUGAGCGAGUUCAGUACCAGUUCGAAGAAGAUGCAUUUGAUGCUGUUCCCGAUCUAAUCACAUUUUAUGUGGGGUCAGGUAAACCCAUAUCAGCAGCCUCCGGCGCUCGCAUCCAAUAUCCUUGCAACAGAACAUAUCCCCUUUCAUUCUACGGCCACAAAAUUGUCGGCAAUCAGCUGCAUACUCAAAUGUUGGCUGGUAUUCGAGGGGGGAGUCCUCUCAGUUCACCAUCGCUUACUAGUCCUGGAUUUCGGUUUACUCCGUAUAAUCAACAAAACAAUAGUUACAAAAGUCCAAUGUCUUCUCCACCUAGGACAAAACGUGAUACCCCACCAAGACUUCCAUCAAAAAAACAACGCUCGCAAUCUCUCACGCCAUCUCAAUCUUCUGCCGUCUCUAGUAUUAAAAGCGUAGAAACUUGUUCAAGUGCAGAUGGAGUUAUUCAGCAAAAUGAGACUUCUACUCAAAAGUCAACAACUGACUUGAGGCGAUUGAAAAACGGCGAUAAAUCUUCAAGUGUUGAAGGGAUACCACCUCAACCGGUGGGCAAUCAUUGUAAUGGAUUUCAAACGAUUGCUAGAUCAACAAUUAGUGAGACUGUUGAACAUGUCAAAUUUACUACCCACUCACUGCCACGCCCGAGUGUUGGAAGUCUGCGAUUCGCUUCAAUGAAGAGUCAGAGUUUAAACCGUGAUUCAGGUGAAAACUCUCUCAGUCCCUGCAUUGAGAGUAAAAAUCUGCCAGAAGUUUCCGAAAAAGCACCUAGUCCUCCACCAAAGCCAAUAAGACCUCCUGCACUACCAAAAAAAGAGAAGGACUUACACGAACAACUUCCUUUUAACAGAGUGGGUUCAUACCACGCAAGUGGAUCAGAUUCUGGAAAUGGAUCGGGCGAUUCUGUGCAGAGUUCAACUCCUGGCGACGUCAGCGAAUCAAAUCAACACCGUGGUGUUAUUAUUAAAAAUCCUCGUUUUCUGCCUAACUCAGUUUCUUCGGUUACUUUGAAAAGCUUGACUGAAUUUGACGUAGCCGAAGCAGAAGAAGAGCUCUCAACAAUGGAAUGUCCAACGAUUGAAUCGGUCUCGAAAUUUGAUGUUGAAAACUUCAGUACGCUUCUAUUGCCUUCAUGUGAAAAUAAUCCGCUCGAUGGUGAUGCUCUGUCUACAUUUAAAAUGAUGCUUCUUGAAUCUGGCCCUAAAAUUCUUGCCGAGCAUAUUACCCGUAUUGACAUAAAUUUAAUAAUUGACAAAGUUGUAGAAGUUGAAGAUAGCGAUGCAAACAUACUCCAAUGUUGUGGCCUUGAGCUGCUUACAUUGCCGCAUGGGACAACAUUUCGAAAUGAUCUUCUAGAAAGAACUCAGUGUAUGAAACUGAUGGUGGCCGUGACGAUUCUUACUUGUCAAACCGAUCUAGAUCGAGCUGAAAUCCUAAGCAAGUGGAUACAAGUCGCCGUGGAUACAAAGACCGCACUUGGAAAUCUUUUUGGUUUUAGCGCUAUUAUGUUGGGAUUGUGUAUGCCACAGAUUCAGCGCCUUGACAAUGCAUGGCAUAUCUUGCGGCAGAAAUUUACUGACAGUGCAUUCACAUUUGAAGCUAAACUGAGGCCAACUUUGAAGAACAUGAAUGAAUGCUCAAAUCCCCAAGCCCCAAAUACAACAGUUCCUCACGUGCUUUUGUACAUUUUACUUAGGGAUAGAAUAAUCGAGAACAUGAUAAACUCUGCGGCAACGGAGAAAUCUUCCCUAGUAACUUCUUGUAUUACACCUUGGGAGACAAAAGCAGAUGAUUUUGGGAUGGCAAUCUAUUUUUUACAUCUCGAUUCAGCUCGUGGAUUUUUAAGGAAUCUUUCACUUUUUAGAAAGAACUCAAAGACAGUUAUGGACGAAUCGAAUUCAAGAUUAGACGAACUCUUGAGUGAUGCGUUUAGGACUGAAUUUCAUAUUAAAUUCUUAUGGGGUAGUAAAGGUGCCUUGGCAACACCUGAAGAUCGGCACUCCAAGCUGGAGAAGGUGCUCGCAUUAAUGGCAGACAAAUUUUGUAAUGCUGACAAUAUAUCUACAGCACCCUAAGAUUUUCAAAAAAAAAAACAUAAAACAUAAACACUAAGCAACAAGUUUACAUAUUUUUAUAUCAAAAUAAACAACUAGCCUGGAAAUACAUUACAAAUCUUACAUAAUAUUAUUAAGUGUUUUAUAUGAAGCAUUUGCAUUUAUUUUCGGAUUAACUUAUGUUCUAUUCAUAUAAAUAUUAAUUUGUUGAAUAUUUUUCUAUAUGUUUUAAGUGUGUUUUGACUACCUCAGAAGUAAAUAAUUAAGUUGCAAUAAUUACAAAAAAAGUUAAAGUGUAAAACAAACGCUAUACGCAGAUAUUUUGAUUAUAAAUUAAUAUUUUUAUAAAACCUAGUUUUAUAAUUGCAAUUUGUAUCUUUGUUUUUAACAUACAAACAUAAGUAGGUAGAUGUGCAGUUUUUCAUUAUAGUGUAUUUACAAAAUUUGCAGUAUUUAAUACGACACCAGAAACAAUACUGUUACGGUAAACUCUUGCAUUAGUCUUAUAUUUUUGGAAUCAAAAUGUUAUUGAAUCCUAUAAUAAAAUAUCAAAAUUUAUAGAUUUACAAAUAGAUUUCUUUUAACAUAUUCAUAAAAUUGCGACAAUAUUAUAAUUAUCAUAUAUUUGUUUAAAUUAUUGUUAGUUUGAAAUGUAUACACAAUAUUGAAAGUAAAGUAUACACCAUUGCUAAAGUAUUAUUAUAAAUAAAAGUAACAA